UUGAUUUGUGAAGUGAAAGACGGAUUCACUACAAGAAUAAUCAUUAGCUUAUUAUUAGUCAUACCAUACGAAACAUUCCUAACCAUAAUAAUAGUAAUAAUAAUAUUAUUAUUAUUAUUAUAAUUGUGACCAUCAGUAUGGCACUGGUAGCGUCAGCCAUCAACUCAUGGCGUGGAGAAUCACAUUCUGGUUCAAUAGAGAGUGACCUCCACAGCAGUUCUUCAGCCAACGGCACUGUCGCACAGCCGCCGACGCCUUCUUCGGGUGAUAAAAGUGCUCAACAUAUUGAAUGUGUAGUUUGUGGUGAUAAGAGCAGUGGUAAACAUUACGGGCAGUUCACAUGCGAGGGCUGUAAGUCUUUUUUUAAGCGCAGUGUCCGCCGCAAUCUGAACUACACGUGCAGAGGUAACAGAAAUUGUCCAAUAGAUCAACACCACAGAAAUCAAUGCCAAUUUUGUCGAUUAAAGAAGUGCCUCAAAAUGGGAAUGAGAAGAGAAGCCGUUCAGAGAGGUCGUGUGCCGCCAACACACGGACAUCCACUGACUGGACAGAUGGGCGUCGCGCUCACAAACGGCGACUCUCUUAAUGGACACUCAUAUCUUUCAAGUUUUAUAUCAUUACUAUUACGAGCCGAACCAUAUCCCGCAUCCCGGUUCUCACAAUGUAUGCAACCAAAUAAUAUUAUGGGUAUCGAUAACAUGUGUGAAUUGGCCGCUAGACUACUAUUCAGUGCCGUUGAGUGGGCCCGCAAUAUACCUUUUUUUCCCGAUCUUCAAGUCACAGAUCAGGUCGGACUUCUCCGACUUGUAUGGAGUGAACUAUUUGUUUUAAAUGCUUCCCAGUGCUCAAUGCCACUACAUGUGGCCCCUUUACUGGCAGCAGCAGGACUUCAUGCCAGUCCUAUGGCGGCUGAUAGAGUGGUUGCUUUUAUGGAUCACAUUCGCAUCUUUCAAGAACAGGUAGAAAAGUUAAAAGCUCUUCACGUGGACGCCGCUGAAUACAGCUGCUUAAAAGCCAUUGUCCUCUUUACCACCGAUGCGUGUGGACUGUCAGAUGUGACUCAUAUUGAAAGUCUUCAAGAGAAGAGUCAGUGUGCUCUUGAAGAAUACUGUCGGACUCAAUACCCAAACCAACCGACAAGGUUUGGCAAACUAUUGCUUCGUUUGCCAUCAUUAAGGACAGUCAGCUCACAAGUUAUUGAACAGUUGUUUUUUGUGCGUUUAGUCGGAAAGACUCCAAUCGAGACAUUAAUUAGAGAUAUGUUGCUCAGCGGUAGUUCAUUCAACUGGCCGUAUAUGCCAUUACAAUGA